AUGGUGAAACAUCCCCAGAAGAAGCCCGCGCAAUGGUUUCCUCCGGCCAAGAAAGGCAAAACUCGAAUGAUCUUGAAGCAGAAGACGCACAAGAAGCCAUCGUCCAAAGUCACUCAAAGCAAGUCAUGGGUGUCCACACCUUACAUCCGUCAGGGCACGAAGGCACCACGGGCGGACCGGCUGAAGUGGAAGCGCUCCGUCCAGUACCUUUGCUCUCUGACCGAGAAGGAUGCCAUCGAGGUCCUGAAGAGUGACGGCCUGAUGCCGACUUGGGAGGGUGCCAUCUGCCCUUUCUGUUCCAAAGGCAAAGUCGGCCCAUUACAGACGAGGUCUUCUAAUGGAAUGCCCCGGUAUCGGUGUCGACUGUUCGGGUGCCAGAAGUUCAUUACUCCACAGCAUUUACAUCCGCUCUUUACUGCCACCCGCGGUCCUGAAGGACAUUCGCUAGGCACGCAAGCCGCAAUGCUACUUCUACGUCUGGCCAACGUCCCCCUGAGCUCCAUACACCUCGUCACUGACGUGAACCAUGAGGCGAUCGAGCGCAUGGAUCACAAUCUAUGCCUUCUUCGUAAGCGCUAUGUGGAAAACGUCCAGAAGGGUAUGGCAUUCGGCGGCAAGAAGAAUGCGUGGCAAGACGUGGAAGUAGACGAGUCCGUCUUCGACAAAAAGCUGAUACCCUUGGAGGAAGCGGAGUCGCCGACGAAAACGACGAUGUGGGAACAGUGGGUGGGCAUGGUCCAGCGCGGCAAGCCGGAGUCCCUGCCGCGCUCACCGGGACCCGGUCCCAUCAAGAAGUGCGAUUGGAAGCCUAUAGCCGACAAAUGGCUGAAGGAUAAGCAAGUGCUGCUGCACACCGACAGCGCUCGUGCGUACAAGUCCAAGACGCCGGGCGUCUUGCAUGCUUCGGUGGUCCACAAGAAGCGCCGGGUUUGGGUCGGUGGAAGAUGGGUGUGGGAGCCGCCUACUUACGUCAAGAUCAAGAAGGUGAUCUUGCCCAACCAGAAGCGUCUGACGGUAAAGGUGGGGUCGACUACACUUAUUUCCAAAGUACGAUCGGCCCAGUAUGAGUACUGGAACAGGGGACGAGACAUGUGGGAACGCACAGGAGAGCUUCUGAGCUGGCACAUGUCCCAGAUCAUGACCAAGUGA